AUGGCCGUCGACGAGCCCGCAUCGAGCCCCGCCCCGCGGGAGAAGCUGGAAGCCCAAAUCAAGGCGGCGGACAUGAACGACGACCUGCAACUCGAGUGUAUCGACGUCGCUCAGGAGGCAAUGGCCAAAUUCACGAUUGAGAAGGAUAUCGCACAGCACAUCAAGAGAACGUUCGAUGAGCGCAAGGGGCCCACAUGGCACUGCAUCGUCGGCCGGAACUUUGGAAGCUUUGUGACGCAUGAGACGAAGCACUUUAUUUACUUCUAUCUCGGCCACUGCGCCAUCCUCCUGUUCAAGACGCAGUAG